UGUCCUGUCAUUUGCCUGGUGAGAAUACAGUGUAUUCAAAUGUUGAUUCUAACGUGGAGGAAGCGGUUGAGUCUAGCAGUUCCCAAACCUCAAUGUUGUUAGCAUGGAUGGAUCUCAAUCUUCAGUCAAUGGAUGCACGGAAAUAUACCUUUGCGGAGAUGCCACAAUAUUAUGUAUGGAAUAAAAAAAUACAAGAAGUGGUAGCAGCGAAAAAAGGUACCUGCAUUGCUAGAUUAUAUUACUGCUACCCAUCCGCAAAGGAGCGAUACUAUUUGCGAAUGCUAUUGCAUGUUGUUAGGGGUUGUUGUUCUUAUGAUGAUAUUAGAACAGUGAAUGGGGUGGUAUAUGAAACAUUCCAAAAAGCAUGUUAUGCUCGGGGACUGUUAUCAGGAGAUUCUGAAUGGAAUGAUUGUGUCCAAGAAGCUUCGCACUGGGCUUCUGGUUAUAAACUUAGAAAACUUUUUGUCACAAUUCUUAUUCAUUGUCAGGUGGCUGAUGUGACUUCUUUUUGGUUAAAGAAUUGGGAAUUACUAAGUGAAGGCAUUUUGCAUUCACGACGUAGAGAGAUGAAUUUACCCCAGUUGAAUUUGUCGGAGGAUGAAAUUAAGGAGUUGUGCCUUAUUCAUAUUGACAAAUUGAUGGAGAGAUUUUCGAAGUCAUUAGCAGAUUUCCCUGGGUUGCCUGUUCCCGAUCAGUGUUUGCGUUCACAUACGGUAAACAUGCUGAUAGAUAUGGAGAUGAAUUAUGGACCCGAUGACUUAGACUGUUCUGAGGAUUGACAUAGUAGACCGUUGAAUGGAGAACAACAAAUUGCUUACGAUAUGGUAUUACAUUCUGUUUAUACCAAUGAGGGUAAAUGCUUUUUUGUGGAUGGAUUUGGGGGUACUGGUAAGACAUUUCUGUGGCGAGCAAUUUGUGAGCAAUUAAGAUUUGAGAAGAGGAUAGUAUUAUGUGUUGCUUCAUCUGGUAUUGCUGCACUGCUCAUGGUCGGUGGAAGAACUGCACACUCAAGAUUUCACAUUCCCCUGGAUUGUGAUACAAAAUCAACUUGCAAUAUUGAGCAAGGUUCUGAGGUGGCUGAAUUGAUUCUCAAUGCUUCACUUAUUAUCUGGGAUGAGGCACCGAUGGCUCAUAAACACAACAUAGAGGCCCUAGAUAGGACAUUGAGGGAUAUUUUCCGAGUUAAGCAUGUUGAUUCUGAGUUGAAGCCUUUUGGAGGUAUGACUAUUGUGUUUGGAGGUGAUUUCCGACAGACGUUACCUAUCAUCACGAAGGAUACACGGACUGAAAUUGUUAAUUCUUCCAUAAAGAGAUCUUAUUUGUGGCGGUCUAUGACAGUAUUGAAGCUAACCGAGAACAUGCGAUUAAAAUUGCCUCAUUCUGAAGCAUCGGCCAGGUUAGCAAUCUCUUUAUGGAAGAAUUAACAAUUUUUGGAGAAUCAAUUAUCCCGAUACCUCUACUUCCCCGUCGCAGUGAUCCAAUUCCUGAUAUUGUUGCUGAAAUAUAUGGUCAGUUACUCUCCACUGAAAAUAUGUCAACCUAUUUGGUUGAGCGAGCUAUCUUAGCCCCUCAUAAUGACACUGUUGCGGCCAUUAACAAUUAUGUAUUGGGUCUAUUUCCUGGUGAAGAAGUUUCUUAUUUUAGUUCGGAUUCGCUAGAGAUUGAUGCCAAGAAUCAGCAUGUUGAAGAAGGGGACUACACAGUUGAAUUCUUGAACUCUUUAAAGAUUGGGAAUUUUCUGGAACAUGAGUUGAAAUUGAAGUUGGGGUGCCCUGUUAUUCUGCUUCGAAAUCUGGAUCAGAGUACUGGGCUUUGCAAUGGAACUUGGAUGAUCGUUAAGAGAUUAGGUAAGUGGUUUAUUGAGGUCCAAAUUUUGACCGGGACACAUGUUGGUGAUACAGUUUUCUUACCACGCCUAAGUCUAUCGGUCCACUACAAGAGCUUAAAUUUCACUCUGGUUCGAAGGCAAUAUCCAAUUGCACUGUCAUAUGCAAUGACAAUUAACAAGAGUCAAGGUCAAACAUUAAAUCACGUUGGCAUCUGCUUGCAAAGACAAGUAUUUUCCCAUGGACAGUUGUAUGUUGCUAUGUCUCGAGUUACGUCGGAAAGGGGACUCAAGAUUCUUAGCUGUGACUCUCAAGGUAAACCGAUGAAGACUAUGCAGAACAUUGUGUUCACUGAGAUUUUUGAGUAGUGGUUUAUUGAUGUAUUAUGUUUUAUUCGAUUUGAGGACUAAGACUGUCAAAUUUAUCGGGUCGUUACAAUUUGAAUCUUGGGUUCUCAAUUUGUCCAAAUUAUUUUCCUGUUUUUAACAGCCAAUUAUAUGAAAUGUGAUUUAUGCACACUACUUUAUAUUUAAUUGUACCUCAAUUUACUCUACCAAAGGGUAUGCGAGUGUGACCGUUAUAUUGCAAUACGAAGAAGAACUUCCAUAGUCGCAGCUGAACUAAACUAAAUUAACACCACAACCCAGCCCACAAAACAACCCAAGCAUGGUUCAGUUAAAUAAAAUAUAGUAAGAGAGGGAAUGCGCAGCCGGAUUUGUUGAAACUAAAUGGCCAACCUAUUCCCAUAAAAAAAAGGCCAACCUACACUACCUUGGGCGGAUCCUUCUCCACUCCCCCACCUCCUCUACUGCCCAGUAUCCGAUUUUUUUGGAUCUUCUAUGAGGUGAAGGCUGUCGCAUUUCAAGCCAUGAUUUCUUUAUUAAAUACAUUCAUUAUGAUUUUCAUUUCAUGUUAAUUAGUGGUGGUGUGGGCCGGGCCGGCCGGGUUGGCGUAUCAAAUAAUAAUUAGCAACUUUGAGAGGCAAUUUUGGACAAGAAUUGUUGACACAGUCGCAAUUAGCAAUGUUGUUAAAACGGAACCGGACAUCGAUCCGGAUUAGUAAAGGGUUCAAGGUUUAUCAAAUAACCAGUGGUUAAUCGAUAUUAAAAAUCGAUCAUAAACCGGUGUUGACUUACUUGGUAGACUUAACAAUUAUUUUUUUUUACAAUUAUUGUUUCACUUAUUAGAGAUAAAAGAAUAAAGUGAGAAUUAUUAAAACUGAAAAAACAUAAUUUGGGCGGCUGCUAGGUCUUUUUUGGGAAAAGUGAACUGAUUUUUCUUUUCUUUAUAUUUUAUUCUGUACUUACCUUCUUUUGUUUUUGAAUUUUUAAUUGCAACAAAAUAAAAGGAAGGCGCAUGUUUGAUUUUAAGAAGGUGGGUCGUUCCCUAAAAAAAAAAAAAAAGAAGGUGGGUCGUGAGUUCCGUGACACACCCGCCUCUUGAACUCUAAAUGGCCAACCUUCUCCACUCCCCCACGAGGCCACAAAUCCUUCUCCACUCCCCCACUAUCCCACUUUCCACACACACACGUACUCCACUGCAUGCGGCCAAGUAAAUCACGUGUGUAGAAUCACUUUCUCUCCUUUAUAUAAUGGAGAUACCACUUUCUCUCAUGUUACAAUUUCCGUUUACUACUUCCCAUACAAAACACUUCGGUUCCAUUGACCGUGCGAAUUGCAUUCAAUAUGGCGGGCCUGCCUCAAUUCAAUCAGUAAGUACUGCUCAUGCAUCCAACAAAUACUACAUCAUGUAAUUUCGAUUCUUUUUCACUACUUAAUGCCAAAACUUACAGUCCAAUAUAUAGGCUUCCCCAUGGUUUUAUUGCUAAUCUGCAAUAUGAUGAUGCUCUUGAAAUUUGUGAGCGUGCCGACACCAUCGAUCUCAUUAUGUUGCAAGUGGAUGUCGAAAAUCAGGUAACUAAACAAAUAAAUUUCUUUUUAAUCGUACGCCUUUUGUGGCAUGCUGCAUUUUAUCGAUUUGCUUUGACAAUAUUCGUUUCUGUGUUUACAUCAGGGCCCCUCUUUUUUGUUAUCCGGACGUGUAACGAAUUUGACGACGUCCUGGUCCCCUGCAUCCAGAAUCCAUUUCGUCCACCUCACAAUUGAGGACGAAUUCAUUGGUGUUGACAUUGUCUUCCCGUCAUCACAGUUACGAACGAUUGUUGAAUCUGUAUUCAGUCAUGCAGAUGUUGUCAAUGCUGACUACAUGGCCCUUCUGAACAUGCUUGGAGAACAGACAUUUGAAGUCAUGGUCACAGUCGGUCCCUGGAACGAUGCAUUUGGUUAUUGUGAACUUGUGUUGGUGAAAUUAUUUUUGCCUUUGUUGAAUUGAGUACCAUGUCAUGAACAAUGAGACAAUGUAUUGAGUUUUCUUAUUUUGGACUUGCAUGUUAUUUGUCGUAAUACUCAACUAGAUUAGAUUUGUGAUUAGUAAAAUUUCAUGUAAGUAUUUUUAUUGUGAUUAGCUAAUCUUCAAAUGUAUUUAUAACUUAUUAUGAAUGUUCAUUCAUAUUACAUGUUCAUUCAUAUUACAUGUUCGUCUUCAACGAAUUGCAAAAUUGCAACAAUCUUGUGAUAAUAUAAAACAAGACUCAUUUCUCGACACUAUCAUUAUAGAUAUUGUAACUCCAUUUCCUUAAACAAAUGCGGCCAACGGGCCGGGCUAUAGGCUAGUUAAUAUAUAAGAUACAAAGUUGGCCACGGUCGUAGAAUGGAUUAUCUAAGUUACGUAUUGGCCGUAUUGAUUUGACUCUAAGAUAUUAACUAGUGUAGGAUACUUAACGAACCUAAUCACAAACAUGCCGCAAAUCAUUUCCUAAUGCAGUUAUUUACUAGUUAGUACCCAUUUAUCUAACAAAAAAUAUCUUAGACGAUGUUAACGAACCUAAUCAUAAAACAUGCCGCAAUCAAGCCUUCUUGGACACUAACAAGACACGAGUUCAACUGGUUUUCACACUUGCCAACAACAGGUUUUUAUAUACAUUUACGUACGCAGCUUCACUUAAAACCAUGAGAUAUAGAUGCAGAAGUUGAGCUCAAGAAGCUAAGUUAUUGAGACUUUGGAACAAAAGAUCGAUUUCCGGUAAAUGAAUUAAGGAAAGGUGUUCCCUUCCAAUUAAGGAAUGCCGACAUUGAAAACUGAUUAGAGCUUAGGGAGCUCUCAAUCAAUACCUACCUGUAACUGUAAGUACUGUAAUCAAUAACUAAUCAAAGCAUUAAUACGGGAGAAUCUCUGUUGACAAAUAAUCAUGCAUGCACCCAUGAAUUAGUUGAGCGCCACUCGUCAAUUGUCCUUGUGAUAAUCCUUUAGAAAUAAAACUACAGAUGGAAAGCAACUCUUGCGUUCUUAUGGAAACUCUCAUCAAACCGGAAAAGAGAAAGAACGCAGAGAAGAUUGAUCAUAAAUAAUUGACAACACAAAAUGUGAGGCGAGCACGUCUUUGGGUUUGAGUAAUCAAUUACAGCAAUACAUAAUUAUGCUAAUUAUAUAUUGAUGUUUAUCCGAUGAUCACAAUGUCAACGAGUUCUAUUUCAGUUCGGCCAAUUAUUAUGUCGAUCUUUAAUUUCAGGCAUGUAAUUAGUGUUAUUGGGGGGAGAAAGUUGACGGGAGGGCAGCGUUUUGUCAAAAUAUAAAUUGAUUAAGGGGGACGUGUGUUUACUGGUUUGGGUUUAGUGUUUGUUAAACCAUACGAAGUCAUUGACUGAUAAAAAAUGUACUUCUGAAUGAAAAUAGUUUGAUUUUUUAGUUAAUCCUAGUGUUCUGGCUUUGCUUGAGGGCAUAACCGUUUCCUUUAGCUGUAAAUCUACUUUUGUGUCUUUCAAUUGAGGCAUUUGGGUAGUUUCAAAUUUCUUUGGAACAUCUCAUUUUCUUCCAUUUAAACGCAAUAGGACAAGUUAUGGCAACGACAUUACAAGGGGUUUGCCCUGUGGCAAUUAAGGGCAAAACGGGUAUAAAAAUAAAUAUUUAUUAAAUUUUUUUGGAUUUUUUUUUUGUGAAUUACAAAUACAUAUUAAUUUCAAUUUUAUUUUUAUCUUCGUCUUUCUCAUUUAACAUUUCUCUGGUGAGGAGGUCAUCAUCGUGCUGGUCGAUGGUAGGUCGACAUCGUGCUUUGCGGGUGAGGAGGACAACGACAUGUUGGUCGAUGGAGGCAUCUUUGCAGGCGAGGAGGGCGGCGUCAUGCUGGCGGAGGAAGGUAAUAACGGUGGAGUUGGUCGGAGGAGGGUGAAGGGGAGGUCAACAGACUAGUGGUGGUGGGUGGGGAGGAAGAGGGAUAGAGAACUAGUGAGAGAGAUGAUGAUUUGUUAGGGUUUAGCGAGAGAGAUAUGGAAAGCUAUAUUUUAAUGGUAGUAAUCAUAUAAGGCUAUCUAUUUUGUUUUCAAAAUUAUCUUGAGAGCAAUUUUGACCUUCAAUUUAAUAAAAAAAGGGGGGAAAUGAACAAUAUAGAGUUAGGUUAUCACAAUUAAUCUAUCCCCACAACAACAUUCUUCAACAACUUCCUGAUAUCUGGAUGGUCAAUCCCAGGGGCAGAGUCAAGAUUUCUACACCGGGUGGGCCGAAAAUAAUUAAAUGUAAAUAAAAAUAUUAUUUUCAAAGUAUACAACGUUCUUUGAAAUCAUUGAAAAAUAACACAAAGUAGCAUCUAAACUAAAUGUUUUGCUACCUUUCUUUCAAUAUAGUCUAAAAAUCAUUGAAAUCAAUCAAAUAAAACAAAAUGUGAGGUAGUGGUGAAAUGAACAUGGGUGCUUCACACUAAAGUCGUAGGGGCCCGGACUAGUUCGGGUGGGCAGGGGGCACCCUACCAUUCAAGUAGCUCCGCCCCUGGUCAAUCCUACUUGAGUUAGAAACAUAUGUGUUGAGGACAGUUUAUGGUUAGAUAUGUCGGAAGAGAUAUGAUACUUAGAAUCAUUAACGUUCAAACGGAGGUCAACUAUGGUAUACGUGUGAUUUAUUCUACUACCAGUCACUGGACCAAAACAAAGUUGUAAUAAUUAUCAACUUCCUAACUGGCCACAUUUUUUUCUCUCUCCUUGAUUAGCAGAUUAAUGAUCCAAUAAAAUGAAGACAAUAGUAUUACAAAGCUUCCCACAUCACAAAACGUUCAUUAACUUUGAAGACUAGAAUCUCAUAGCAAGUGCAAGUUGACCUAGCGAGCUAGAUUGCUCGCGAAAAUCAGUACAUCUGUAUUACAAAUUUUGAGUAAUCGGUGGGAGAACGAGAACAUAGAUUCAGGGUCGAACAACUCGACUGAGAUUCCAUUCCAUCCCAGCACCUUUUGUCGGAAGAACAGAUUCCAUCCAUCCCACCUAUAUUUUACUAAAAAACAAAGGAUUUACGAAUAUAAUAAUUUUCCAUUACGUUCUUCCUUUUUCUUUUGUGGUCAAACAAUGAAACAAAAUGAAAAGUCAUACCCUGACUUGUAUCCCUCCCCGCAUAAUAAUUCCUUGACCACCAUUUUUUUAAUAAAUUGACCUCAAUUCUUGCCAAAAGGGUAGUUCUUUUUAAUAAUAAAAAGGGUAAUUAUUUUAUUAUUUCAUUUUGUUGAUGAUCGAGGAGUUUUUCUGUUCCACUUAGGACUUAGAGAAACAAAUCAAAAUGAAAAAAAAAAGGUCCCAGAGAGGUGGAGGCCCUUUUCAGAGGUUUGAUUUGGUCUUUAGAGCAUGUGGGUGGCUGGAGCUUUGGGACAAGAAGCCCAACAAUGCUUUGGUCUUCUAAUAAGAUCUUGUUAAAGCAAAUGGAAUCGUUGAAGCCUUCGAGAGGGCCAAAUUAUUGGACUCUGAUGGUUUGUUUUACUUUGUAAUUCUAAUUAGGGUUGAAUUCCUUCCUCCCCUUUCGUUUUGUCAACAGUCGUCAUUGCGGGAUCUGUUCCCCACGUACGUUAGAGUUGGAGGUUUAGGUUUGUUUGCAAUCUGGUUUAGGGUUUUUGCCUUGUUUUAAAAUGAGCGGAAGGGUAUUUCAAUGGAAUGUUGAUGAAAGCAUGUAUCUGAAGCCAUGAGUUCAUGCAAAUGAAUUCAAAUUCGAAUGAACUGAUCGAGCGAUAGACAACAACCCAAUCAUCCUACUUUUUAAAAGGUCUCAAAUUGAUUGAAAGUUGAAACAUGGACUUGCCCGUCGAUCCCAUCGAGCAGCCUAAAGAUACAUUCAUGUGGGUAAUCGAUGGGUUAGGUAGAUUUCAUCCACCCAGCUGGGCCUACCUGCAUAGAUGCAUGCGGGUUGCACGUAAAGCGACUCACCAUAUUCGAUCCACAUUUUAGAAAUUGAUGGUAUUUGAUGGCUUGAUCGGUCAAAAGGACGAGUUGGCAGGUGAUACUGAUCAAACGCAUUAUCGAUUCUAAAAAAACCAAAAUCUAAGUUACCAACAUUUUAAAACUCAUGCAUCAAUCAGGUACCACCAACCUCAAGAACAAAGUGAAAUAUAGUGUUUGUUGUAUCCAUUCUUACAUUGUUAAAGUCAUAAACAUAUACAUACGCCAUUGAAUGAAGCAACAAGAAUUCAAACAUAAUUCAAACAUCUAUUAACACAAUCGAAAGCCUAAGUUUAAUAUGCUUUUUAUCCUCUAAUUUCUAGUAAAGGAGUAAAUAAUCCAAUGGAAU